AUGAAGUUGAAAGGUAAAGGUAUAAGAAUCGUAAAGGGAAUGGAUAUUAGAAUUAGAACAGAUUCGAAUUCAGAUUUCAAUGCAAUGGAAUUGUUGUUAGGGUCUACUGACGGUAGUACUACCUCUACAUCAACCAAUAACGAUGAUGAGAAAAGUGAAUUAUUAAAUGCCAAGAUUGGUUUGAUUGUUGGUAUAUUCUUCCUUACACUCUUGUCAUCUUAUAUUCCAUUCAUUCUUGGUAGAGCCAAGGUAAAGGGUUUCAUCACCCUCUUGUCGAUUGGUACUUGUUUUGCAGGUGGUGUUAUUUUGGCUGGUGGUUUCAACCAUAUCUUGCCAGGUGCCGAGGAAUCCUUUACCAGUUAUUUUGAUCAAGUUGCCCCCGAAAACAAAUACAGAGAAUUUCCAUUUGCUGCCACCAUUGCCAUCUUUACUUUACUAGUCCUUGUAGCUAUCGAUAAACUCAUCAUCGAAGGUGGGUUCCAAGGUGAAAAGGGACAUAACCAUAUGAACCUCUCAAGUCAUGCUGACAACCAACACCACCACACCAACACACAUGCACCAGACCUUGAAUUUGGCCAAGAAUCUAGUAGUGAUGAAGAAGACAGUCAUGGUGCCACCCCAGGUAACCCAGAUGGUGCACUCGCCCCACCACAACACAGUCACGGUCAUGCACAUAGCGGUAAACACGACGAGUUGCAUGAAAAGGGUAAUGGUAAAUCACAUGUUGCCAAUACUGGUCAAGCUUGGUUAUUCUUGGUUGCUCUAUCCAUCCACUCUAUUCUCGACGGUCUUGGUUUAGGUGCUGAAACCUCCAAAGACGGAUUCUACGGUCUCUUGGUUGCUGUACUCGCCCAUAAAAUGCUCGAUGGCUUUGCACUGGGUGUACCAAUCUAUUUUGCCAAUUUCUCAACCCUUCAAACUGCCCUUUCUCUAGCAUUCUGUGCUGCCAUGACUCCACUUGGCAUUGGUAUCGGUAUGGCUGUCACCUCUGUCUACAAUGGUUCCAGUGGUCAUUUAGCCGAGGGUAUUAUCCUCGGUGUCACCUGUGGAUCUUUCUUUUACAUUUCACUCAUCGAACUCAUUCCAUCUGGUCUUUGUCAACCCGGUUGGUUAAGACUUAAAUUGGCAAUGGUAUUCCUUGGUUGGGCUUGUUUAUCUGUCAUUGCACUUUGGGUUUAA